CGUCCCCCGUUGCCAGGGCCGACCAGUCCAUGUGUUCGGUUGUCUCAGCUGAGCGCUUGCUUCCGCUGUCUGUGCCAGGCUUUACAAUCUACAUUACCCACCUACUUGGCGAUGUAGCGUGUGAAAUUGUAAUCGGAUUAUCAAACCAAGAAAGUCAACUGUAAAAUGGCCAAGAAGAAUUUCACGGGGGCACCGUUUGGCGUCCAAACCGCCAGGUUUGAUGUUGCUGCUGUGCACCCGAAGAGUAAGAAGCCAGGAACCUUCACACAAGUUCCCUACGACAAAUACUCCACAACUGAGCUGAAGAGGAAGCUGGGUCCAGGUGUGUACGAGGUCUACCCUAUCAUCGGUGCCUUCAGCCAGAGACAGGUGGAGGAGCGGGCUGACGGGCCGGGGUGGGAGCGGGCCUACGAGACCCAGCGGAUGGCCGCCCUCCCACACCUACUCAACAGGGACCACUGGGAGAGAAAACAGAGACAAAAAAAAAUGCUGGGACCCGGCACCUAUGAGGUUCAUGCUCUGGACUUUGUCAAUGCCCUGGACCAGAAACCUGCCAGUGUGCGAGGCAUCAUUCAGACUAAAGAGCAACGAUUCAGGGAGAGAGUGAAGUGGGAGGAGACCCCCGGCCCUGGCACGUACGGGAAGGGAGGAAUCCCUGCUGCUGCUAAGGAGGAGAAGGCCCAGGAGUCUGCCAGCAGGGUGGGGCUGCUGAGCUCCGGGGCUCCCUCAUCCAGGACACUGCCUAUUGUGGGUACAGACUUGGCACCCGGGAGGUACGAGAGGAAGAGUUUUACGGAGGAGCUGUCGGACAGGAUCGUGAGCAAACGGGGACCGUACGACCUCUUCACGGGAGAGCGCAACAAACCCAUCACCGUGGGACACUUCGCAGUGCCUAAAACCACCAACCUGGGCCCUGGCGAGUACGAGCUGAAGAGUUUCCUUGUGAAGUGGGCGGACGAACACAACACGCACAAGGGCAAGUUCAGCAAGCUCGCCCAGCAUCCCAAGAUUCCCGGCGACAGGAUAUACUGCCACACGCUGUCGCAGUGCCCCAGACCUGAGGGGACCCCAGGCCCAGGCACACACUCACCCAAAGAGAUCCCCACAGCCUCUGCACACCACCUGCCACCCUUCAAGUCUUCUGCUGAGCGCUUCGACAAACGAGCAAAUAAGUUCUUCCUGGGAAGUACAAAUCCUGUAGGCCCAGGGCGGUACGAGGUACGACGGUGGGAGCGCGCUCAACACGUCAACGCCAACAGUAGUGUCUUCAACUCCAAGACAUCACGGCAACAGAGCCUGGACAGGAAGAAAUUCAUGAAUGAGAGAAUCCGAAUGAAGGAUGUACGUGUACCAGACAGAGUCUUCAUCGUAGAACCACAAACACCUGAUACGUACCUGAUGAACAUGAACCAACCACAGGCCAUCGCUGUAGCUUAGUUGUAACAACAAUACAAAUAAAAUUGUUACAACAAUUUUGUAAGGAAUUGUUGAAUAAUGUUGAUAGUACACGUAGUCUGUAAUAUUGUCUCCAUCCAUUUCACACCUGCAAUGUGAAUAUCUGAGUCAUCGUGUUAAACUACACAAGGAUGUAUCUGAAUGAAAAGAGGUUAUUUUUACAUUGUUGAAAUAUAUCUGUACAAACGAUGAAACAGAGUAGAAUGCUGCUACGGGUUUCAAAGUUAUUGCUGCUAAUGACUGACAGUGAAAAAAGUGAACAUAAUGAGGCGUAUGAAAUAUUUUGGUACAACUUUUAUAUCCAGUCUGAAAAUACAGGUGAAUGAAAUAUUUUGGUACAACUUUUAUAUCCAGUCUGAAAAUACAGGUGAACAAUUGUCUUCUGUUAAGAAAUAAAAGAAUUAUGUUUCUUUAAUAUAACCGAAAAAUUUGACAUCAAAGCCACUACUAGGUGAAUUCUGGGAAAGUGGUAUUUGAAAUACCAGAGGAAUGUUUGGAGUGUAAAGCCAUUGUUUUAUGUUGUUGUGUGCUUUUGCUGCUACAUACAGUAGAGACUAGAGAUAUCAUCAUAUACCAUCUGUAAAUAUAUAAGACCUAGUCCAAUAGUAUUGUUCAUUGCUUCUCAAUUUCUUUGUGGCAAUGAACUGUUAAAUACUGUCCCUUUUCAAUGUUUUGCGGGAAAAUAAAGACUUCUUGUAAUAAUCACAAA